AUGUGGCUAUCAUCGGAUCUCCUGAGCAUCUGUCGCUCCAUCACUUCUUCAGAAUCAGACUCUCCAAUUCCUAUCACGAACUUAGAGGCAUCUCGGACUUGUCAUGUCAUCAGAAUUUUGCCAGGAUCUAGUGCUCAGCGAGCGCAGUCUGAUUACUUCCCAUUAUUGCAAUUGCCUCUGGACAUUUUGACUAUGCAUCUGAAUACGCUUCUUCCACAUGCGUCUCUGGUGUCUCUUCGUUCCAGCUGCUCGAAAUUACGCACCGCAAUUCCAUCACCUCCGAAGAAACGACUGGUUGAUUCAGAGCAGUGUGAGACCAACGCGCUACUCGCUACUUUGGAGGAAGGACGAGAACGACCCUUACGCAUGUUCUGCGCACUCUGCUCGGCUUGUUACCCGGUCGUCUUGUUCGCUUGGGGACCUGAGAAACACUUAGUGCAGAAAGCUGGUAUCGACAAAAAGGCGGCCGAGAGUCUAGAGAUAGGGCUUGCCGACACGCAGAAUGGCGAAAGCGCCAGUGAAGAACGACACGCAGGGAACAGCAACGAACUUGACAAUCGGGUCUGCAGAUGGCAUCGUGCAAGAUUCGAACGGAAAGUCUUAACAGGUCAUGGAGCGAUGAAGUCAGAGUGGACACUGGAGGAAGCCUGCAUGCAUCGUGGAGGCGUACUUGCUUGGGGGAGAUGUGAUUGCAAGGGUUUGUGCCAGACUUGCUGGAAAAGGAGUGUUUGGUGCCAUACAGAAGUUGUGGAUACGGAGCUUGCGAACGACGUUAUCUAG